AGUGGUGUAUUCGGUAAUGCAGACGUAUACGAACAAACACAGAACCAUUGACUGAUUUGACAGGCGCCAGUAUAGAUUGAAAGUAGAGCAAUCAAAAAGUCGUAUAUUCGGUGUAGUUUGACUCUGGCAUUGUGGUUUAUUGUGCACGUUUUAAGACCAUAGAAAAGUGCUAGCGAUGCAAUGUAUCAAGUUUUCAUCAGGAGAUACCGUUUGGCCGAUGUGCCACACGGCAAGCCCUAUUAUGUUUACUGUAUUGAAGUCCUGGAGUCAGAACGUGGUACUCGAUACUUUAUCGAGAAAAGAUACAGCGAAUUCAGCGCGUUACAUCGCACGUUGAAGAAGGAAAACGCGGACACUGCUCCGUUUCCACCGAAGAGGGUAAGGAAUUCCCAACCAAAAGUGCUCGAGCAAAGACGAGCAGCAUUGGAACUGUACGUUCAGAAAAUGUUACGCCUUUCAACCACGAAGCAACAGGUCCUCAAUUUUCUGGGUAUAGAAGGUCGAGCGGCCGUCGAGUCGUACAAAAGUACAUAUAAGAAUACGGAGGACACGCAGUAUGUUCAUCCCAGUGCUCUGAAUCAUCAUCCAGUAUUAACUUUCCAUCGUGAUCCGUACGUUUUGUCGAACGCAACGCCAAGUCUUCCAGAUAUUGUAAUAAAUGGGGUGCUUUUGGGCAUGUACUCGUGAACAACAACCAAGUUAUAUGUGACUGUGAUAUUCUUCACGACAGUCGUCGAGGGAAAGCAUCUUUCACGGAGAGGUUCAACGAACGGAACAUAUUCGAAUAAGAAUUUCAACCUUGACAUGGAUUUUACUCGUACUCCGCUAUUUCGACAAAGAUAAAACGAUGGGUGUGCACCGAUAAAUGUACAUAGAAGAAGCAAAUGCUUCCAUUUCUAAUACUUCAUUUAUCAAUAUACACGAUGACGCAUCUUUUUCUAAUAUAUGAUUAUCUCUCGAUGGCUGCGUGAAUUAGAUGCAAACUUUGUUACUCACUUAAACUUUUUAUUAAUCUGUACUUGUUUUUUUUUCAUUUUUCACCGUAUAGUUUUUAUGUAAUGGUAUGUCUCAUGAAAUAUAGUGUAUUUUGACCACUUUGCUUCCUGGAUAUUUCUAAACCGUCUAUCGAAUCUAAAAUUAUAACUGAUUUUAUAUCUUUGUGAUGCACUUUUUGAGUAUAAAUGUAUCGAACAAUUAUGACGUCAGAAGACGCGUACAUUGUUGUAUCCAAAACAUUGCUAAAGGAAUACAAUUGAUUUCAAGACAAUGGUAAAAAAAGAACAUACAUCGUCAUACUUGACAUCAGGUUAUGCUGUAGUUAUCAGUUGAUAAAUCGAGGUUUUGAAAUGCACAAUAUUUCCUGAGAUACCCAAAUAAAAUAUUUGUCAACUACGUGAACUCUGCAAUAAGCCUUUUAAUGACUACAGCUUAUCACUACAAAUAUUCAGU